AUGAAUUCCUAUGGCAUGCCGCCAGGAGGCGGCCCGACCGGUGGUCCCGGUGGUGGUAACCCGCUGGGUAACAUGCCGGGCGCCAGAGGAGCCAAUCAUAAGGACGUGCGCAACGUGGAAGACGAGGGGCGCGCGCUGCUGGCGCUGGGGGAGGCGGAGCUGCGCGCGCUGCUGGCGGAAGCGGAAGCCGCGCGCGAGGCAGCGAUCCGCGCUGAGGUGGCGCGCGCAGCGGCUCUUGUGGCGCGCGUGGAGGUGGGGAGGGCGCGCGCGGAGUUUGACGCGGAGAGGCAGCAGCUGCUGGCGGCGGAGGCAUCGCUCAAGUCCUUCCCCUUGCCACCACCCUCCCUACCUCGCUUUUUCCCCCUGGUGGCCCUUUCAAGUCGAAUGCAGCACACAAUCCGCAAAUCAAAUGUGCGUGUUCUGCUCAUUAUAGUGAUGGUCAAACCACGUCCUUCCCGCCUUCCCCCCCCUCUCCCUUCCUCCCCCCCUUCCGCCCCCAUCCUCCCUACUCACCCCGCUCCUCCGCAGAGUCAACUGGCGGGCGCACUGGAAGAGGUGAGGAGCAAGGAGGAGGAGAUGCAGCGAGUGAAGGAGAGGGCGGAAGAGGCGGAGCAGCAGGUGGCCGCACACCAGAACGAGAUGAAGGAACGGGUGUGGCAGAAGGAAGGUGUUAUUCGAGAGAAGAACUCCGAAGUGGCAGCCUUGAGGCGCGAGCGGGACGGGGCAGUGGCGGAGAGCAAGGCGCAGGCGAGUCAGAGGGAGGUGGAGAGAGCAGAGAUGGGCGCGCAGAUGGAGAGGCUCCAGAGCCAAGUGGCUGACGCGGAGCAGCGCCUGAGAGACACUCAGAACCAGCUGCGGCUGGUGCAGGAGGAGUUGUGGCAGAAAGAGGACGCGGUGAAGGAGGCGCAGGGGUGGGCGGCGCACGGGCAGGACAUGGAGGCCCACGUGGCAGCCAUCACAGCAGCCAAUCAGAGCCUGCAUGGCGAGCUCAGGGAGCGCACGGACCAGUGCCACCACCUGUUUGCUGUCACGCACCAACUCAGGCAGCAGUGCCACCAUCUCUUUGCCGUCACGCACCAGCUCAGGCAGCAGGUAGGUUGGUGCCUGUUUGCCGCCAAUUGCCUGUUUGCUGCCAAUUGCCUGUUUGCUGCCAAUCGCCUGUUUGCCACCAAUUGCCUGUUUGCCGCCAAUUGCCUGUUUGCCGCCAAUCGCCUGUUUGCCGCCAAUCGCCUGUUUGCCGCCAAUCGCCUGUUUGCCGCCAAUCGCCUGUUUGCUGUCACUCGCCAGCUCAGACAGCAGCUGGCGGAGAGUGAGCGGUACCACAUGCAGCUGAUGCAGCGCCUGCACAUGGAGAACACGGACCUGCGCUCCAGGCUCGGCGCCCUCCCUGCCGCUGCUCCGGGUGCAGGCACGGCAACAGGAGCAGGAGCAGCGGGUGUUGGCACAGCAGGAGGCACAGGGAAUGCAGGAGGCACAGCGAUUGCAGGAGGGCAGGCAGCAGCAGUAGCAGCAGCAGCAGCAGCAGCAGGCGCUCUGGGGGCAUCAGGAGGGAGCGGUGCAGGGGGCACGGGUGCAGGAAGAGAAGCAGGAGGGGUUGUGCAAGGAGCUGGGGUAGCGUUGGGUGGCGCGGGUGGGUCUGGUGGCAGCAAGGACGGAAAGGUGAGAACGAAGCAGCAGCAGCACAGACAGAGCGAAGCAGCGGCGGCACAGUCAGGACAGGUCCACCCGCCCAUGGCGCCUCAUGCCUACCUCAUCCGCCCACACAUGCCCCACCCCUUCUACGCUGCACCCAUGCAAACCGUCCCCACACCCAUACAACCUGGCCCCACACCCAUGCAACCCGUGCCUAUGCUUGUUCCUCACUCCGCCUCUCCCCCAGCCCUGCAUCCUCUGCAUCCACACCCCUCCACUCUCCCGCCUGCCGCCUACCCACCUGCUGGUAUGCAAGGGCAAGGAUUACAGGCAGCAGGGGUGCAGCAGACAGGGAUUGCGGUUACAGGGUUACCAGAGCAGAACCAGCUGCACAUGCAGAAUCAGGGGCAGGGGCAAGCACAUGCGCAGGCACCAAAACCGCAGGGGCAACAGCCAAGUCAGCAGCAGCAGCAGCAGCAGCAGCAGCAGCAGCAGCAGCAGCAGCAGCAGCAGCAGCAGCAGCAGCAGCAGCAGCAGCAGCAGCAGCAGCAGCAGCAGCAAGCGGUGGUGAUGCAUCACAUCACCCACCCCAUGAGCAACCAGCCUCUCCCCCUUGACCCCACCUCAUCCCAGCAGCAGCAGCAUGCGAGCAGCCUUGGUUUUAGUGCUGGGACUAGCAAUGGGCCAAGUAGCAGCAACAACACUGGAGACACAGGGGAGAAGGGUAGGGAGAGCGGUGGCAGCAGCAGCACGGGUGAUCAAGCCCCAGUAGGCGGGCAUGCUAAUGGGCACAUGGGCAGUGGUAGUGUUGCUGAUGCUACUCCGAGAGACAGCUUUUCCAGUCAUGGCUCUUCCACUGCUGCUGCUGCUGCUGCCCCUCGGAAGCUCGCAGCCAGUCCCAUCACGCAGCGGUCGCCGCCCCGAGGGGUGGAUGUGGGGUUGGGGGGCGUGGCAUACGUGCCGGAACGCCCAAGCGGGGAGGCCUCAGGUGCAGCAGAGUCAAACGCGGGAGGUCAAGCGGGGAUCGAAGGGAAAGUUGGGAUUGAACCUCUGCCUGCGUCGGCGGUGCUGGCAGCAGGGAGCAGUGGGGGAGAGAAAACAGAGGGUGCCGCACCAGCUAGCAUCGACACGACACCACCACCAGCAGCAGCAGCAGAUGAUGCAGCACCCGCACCCCUCGCAGCACCACCGGCCGCACGCCCCGAGCCCAUGAUGCCGCCGUUGCCCCCGGGAGCGCAGUUGAAGGACGAGAGGGCGCUGCUGACGUGCAUCGUGCGAACACUCUCAGCGGACAGGGGCGCCAAGGCCCUCAUCUCCUCCACUGUUGCGCCGCGCCUUGCACGCCUGCUCGCCCCAUUAACUUGGGCUCAUUAUGAGCCUCUCUACGGGUCGCUGGACCAACUCAUUGCCUCCAAGCCCCAGUUGUUUGGCAUGGAAGGACCAGACCACGUGUUCCUGAGAAGCAACGCCCAUGCCAUCAUCGCCACACUCCCACUCCACCCCACCAUGCCUCUGCAGCAUCCCUCCUCCUCCAUCCCCUCCCCCGCCACAUCCCUCCCACUCGCCCUCACCCCGGCCGCCCCCCGCCCCCUUGCUCCCCGCUCACCCCCUCCUGAUGCUUCCGCUCCGACUGGUGCUGUAUCCGGUGCUGCUAAUGGAACCAACGCUGGUGCGAGUACUAACCCUGCUUCUGGUUUGGGAGCAGGGGGCAGCGAGGAGGGGGUGUUGAGGCGUGAGAUUGUGGGGCCGGGGGUGGAAGGGGCGGGGCGGGGCAGCCGCCUGUGGUUCGCCAAUGCUGCUCGAUGA